AUGUACCUCCGGAGUGAGGAUGAUGGAUCGAUUAAGAAAAGUUGCCCACGAGCGAAACAGAUGAGCUCCAGCGCCACUACAUACUCCACAAAACAACAAUGUUCUUACAUGGUGUACAAGGGAACGUUUCCUCAGCCAAAAGACAAUGCUGACCAGCUGUCUGAUUUGAUUUGGGGUGCUCAAAUAGUAGAAGCAAGUGGUACCUUGGGAAGACAAAAAUGUGGUCACGCCCACCCGAUCUGCGGAAAUAUGGCAUCUGACCCAGAACCUGCAGGGAACGAAAAACGGUCCAGUCAAGAAGAGAACUUGCGUGAGACAUUCAUGGCAACUGAGGUCGGAGGUCAGGUGCCGGAGAUCGAGAUCAUCGACAUCGCGGAGAAUGUGUGCAACCUGAAGAAGCAGGAGGCGGACUGGAUGCUCCGGAUCGACAUCGUCGAGAAGGGCGAUAAGCUCGAGCUUGUGGACCAAGAUGAGGAAGGGCACUGUAACUCGGAAUGCAAGACCAUUGAGCGUGCAUGCCAGGAGGUGAUGGGUUAUGCUGAUACCGAUGUUGCUGAGUUUGUCUACACAAAUAAGCCUUCAGUUGAUCAGCUGAUAAAGUUUGUCUGCAAAGAUAUUACCAAAGCAUGUGCUGCAGAUCCACCACCAGUUCCAAAAGACCGGGUCCCUGGAGAACCCUUUGCAGCAAAGCCCUCAAAGGAUGCUGAGAUGGAGAAGAUAAUGAGAUCAAUGGAGGGCAUGCCAGGAGCCCCAAACAUGAAGAUGUACUCCAGAGACGAUCUGAUGAAGAACAACUUUGGCGUUGAAGGUGAUGAGGAUGAUGAAGAUGACGAUGAAGACGAGGAUAGCUUACCCAAGAACUUGGGAAACAUUCUGAAAAACAAGGGUCCGCAAAAGAAAGACCUGAAGCAACAGGUGGUGAAACAGAUCAAGGAUACCGGCAAGAAACUGAAAGGGCAUGUGAGCAAGGUGUCCAAGGCGGUGAAGAAUUGGUGGAAGGGGAAGAAGAAGCCUGCAAAGUCCAGCAAAAGCGAGCUAUGA